CGCUGGUUUCGUUUUUAGAAUAGAUCUAUGAUCCGUCAGUUUUACUACGCGCCGCAAUCUUCUAUUAAACACUACAAACGACGUUUUAUAGAACAAGUUGUUUUAAAAGAUAUUGUAUAUAACUAUCGCUAACCCUAACCCUAAUAUUAAACUAAUUCUAACAAAUAUUUCUUUAAAAUCGUUAUGGGGAAAAUAAGGAACGGUUUAAAAUAGCAGACUUAAAUUGUGGGAUCUCCAAACAAAAACAAACAGUACAGAAGAAACAAGAUGGCAGUCUCCAGUGGUAUUACAAGUUUCCGAAAAUCUCGUAUGAAAUCAAACGAAAUUCCAGGAACUAAGCCAUCACUGUACAAUAACCAGUUGCUUAUUUCUACAGGAAUUCCUUCACUGGAUCUUGUUAUUGGUGGGGGAAUUGCUGUUGGAACAGUCAUGUUGGUUGAGGAGGAUUUGUUUGCAACAUAUGCUAAUCUGGUGGUGAACUACUUUGUGUCAGAAGGAAUAGUGUGUGAACAGUCUGUGCUAGCUGCAAGUUUAGAUUUGGAUAUGAAACAGUUAACACAGGAGUUACCUGCCCCUAUAUCUGAUGAGCCUCAGCUAACAACCAGCCAACCAGACUCUGACAGCAUGAAGAUAGCAUGGCGUUAUGAAGCACAGCCCAAAGUCCAGUCCUCUGCUGCGAAUACAAGAUUUGGUCACUAUUAUGACCUGACGAAAACCAUGGAUGGAAGCCAAGUUGAAUCGGCAGACAUUACUACAAUUGGUGAAGAAGAACUUGAUACACAAGCACCAAGGCAAAACCAAUUGAUGAAAAGCAAGUACUGUGAAUUGCUGCGUCACAUCAAAUUAAAACUUGACACUGGCCAGUUUUCAACAGCUUGUAAAUCUGACAAGAGAAAUAUUCUCAGAAUAGUUCUAAGAUCUCUGGGUUCUCCUCUGUGGGGAGAAUGUGGUGUGGCCUCUCCACAAGACCAGUACGACCCAUCACUGCUCAAAUUCCUGCUAGUGUUACGGUCACUGCUGCGGAGUGCGUACGCCACCUGUCUCAUCACGAUGCCGUCACACCUGUUUCAGGAUCCUGCGUUUAUAGAGCGUGUGGAGAAGAUGUGUGAUACAGUGAUACAGCUGGAGAGUUUUGCAGGCUCAGAUAGAGAGAAGAACCCAGCAUUUAAAGAAUAUAGUGGUCUACUUCACAUUCGUCAACUACCUCGACUAAAUUCUCUUGUUUCUCACAUGCCCGACACACUGGAUCUUGCAUAUAAACUGAGAAGGAAGAAAUUCACAGUGGAGAAGUUACACCUUCCUCCAGAACUGUCGGAAAGUGCAAGUCGAUCGCAGGAAGACGUAUUCAUUCAGAACAAGUCUUCAAAUAGAUCUUCAUGCAGUUCAUCAGGAACAUCAAAGUUUGAUUUCUGAACGGUCACAGGAAAAUGUGGUCUGGAAGUCAUACAUGGUCUUCAAAUGGAUCUUCCAGGGCAAUACAUGGCUUAAAGUAACAAUGGAGCAGUAGAAAAAAACAGAAUGACUUGAGGCAUUGUAAUAAAGCAUGUUCUCUGGGAAAGUGGAGGGCCGGAAGUAGCCCAAUGGUAAAGCAUUCGCCUGAUGCAUGAUCAGUCUAGGUUCAAUCCAUAUCAGUGAGGCUAUUGAGAUAUUUCUCAUACAGUCAAUGCUCCACAACUGUGGUAUGUACUGUCCUGUCUGUGGCAUGAUGCAUACAAAAGAUCCCUUGCUGCUAAUCAAAAAGAAUAACUCAUGGAGUGAUGGCAGCAUGUUUCUUGUUUUAUUAUCUGUAUGGUCAUCAACUAUAUUAAACAGCAAAUAAAUGUAAAUAAAAAUGA